AAUUAAGAGUUGAAAUCAAUUUAAAUUUAUUAAAAUCAAAAACUUUGUAAACUUUUCAAAAUGUAAACACUUUUGUAACGAAUGUUUGAAUUUCAAAUAUAAAAAAAUUAUUCAUGGUCACUCAUGUUAUUUUUUUCUGGAAUUAUACAUCAAAUGCUGCCAAUUAAACUUAUUCUAUCGCUUGUUCUAGGGACUAUUAAGCAUGGUAAUUAUCAUUUAACGACCAGAAAUAAGAAUUACUUCGAUUAAGUCUGUAAAGUGCUCAAAAAUUGUCAUUUUAAUGUUUAUCUCUCCAUCUCAGUCACUCAAUUUUAAUUUUUUGUGCAAACAUUUUGUUUCGUAAAAUAUUUUUGUGUUUCUUGCUGUUUAAUUAGAUCAUAUUGAUCAAUUGUCAUCAAAAGUCGUCUAUUACAUCACUACACUCCAUCUAUUGAAAAUGCGAGUGAAGCUGAAAAAAUGGCCAUGCUUGAAUGUUGUGUCUGUUACGUUAUUGUUCGUUAUAUGCUGUUUUGUGGAUGCUGAUGUGAAAUGUAAUUUAAAGACCAACUAUUUGUGCGAGAAUAAACAAAACUGUAUUCCAAAAAAAUAUGUGUGCAAUGGAAUUAUAGAUUGUCCAGAAAAAGAUGAUGAAAAGGAUUGCGACAUAGAAAGAUGUGAUAACAAAGAUAAGUUCUUCUUGUGUCGUGAUAAGCUGACUUGUAUUGGAAAGAAUCUAAUUUGCGAUAAUGAAGCUGAUUGUCCUGAUGCAAGUGACGAGAGUGAUGAAAUGUGUGAGACAGUAGCAUCUGCUAGAUCUUAUUCGCGUGAUUCAAAUGUAGAGCUCUGCAAAGACAAAGAAUUCAAAUGUAAAGUAAAUAAUGUUUGUAUUCCUGAAAAAGAUAUGUGUAAUGGUGCUAAGAACUGCAUUGAUGGAUCCGAUGAAGAUAUUGAAUUCUGUAAAACCUUCAAUAGCACUAAAUGUCCAGGUUUUUUGUGCAGUAAUAAUAAAUGUUUAGAACUUCCAAAAUACAUUUGUGAUGGAACUGAUGAUUGUGGAGACGGAAGUGAUGAGGAACAUUGCCAACCUAGUUGUGACAAAAAGAAUGGAAAGUUUUUAUGCAAUUCUUCAGACGAAUGUAUAGAUCUCGCAAAGAUUUGUGAUGGAAAAGCUGACUGCACUGACGGAAGUGAUGAAGGUGCAACGUGUAAUAAGAAGAUUGAAAAUUUCACAGCAGAUUGCAAGAGUAUGGCCUGCAAGGAUAACAGUGAAUGUAAAGUUUUGCCUUAUUAUGGAGCAACCUGUUUCUGUAACGAUGGAUAUAAGCUUGAUCAGACAACUGGUAAAUGUGAGGACAUCAACGAAUGUGAAAUAUUCGGAACUUGCUCACAAGGAUGUGUUAAUCAGAAUGGAUCAUAUUACUGCACCUGUGCCAAAGGAUUUCUUCUAAACUUCAAUAAUAUAUCUUGUGAUACAACCAGCACUAAUGUGUCUCUAAUUUAUACAACAAAGAAUUCAAUUAAGAAAAUUUCUUUUGGUCAACGAAACAUUUUUUAUCACAGCACAGUGUCCAAGACUAAACAAUCUAUUGGUGUUGCUUUUGACGGAGAGUUCUAUUAUUGGACUGAAGUUGAUAUGGCUCGAGAAGUCAUUGUCAAAUACAAUCCAAGCACGAAAACUAGAGAAAUAUUGUUAACAAAUGGACUGGAACUGCCUGAAUAUAUCGCAGUUGAUUGGCUUACAAAAAACAUUUAUUUUACGGAUUCAACAAGAAGGCACAUUGCUGUCUGCACAAAUGAUGGAUAUUAUUGUACAGAACUGAUUAAAAUUGAUAUCAUGCAUUAUCCACGAGCAAUAGCCUUACAUUCAGCUGAUGGACUUUUAUUUUGGACAGAUUGGGGCAAUAAUUCACACAUUGGAGUUGCUUUUAUGGACGGAAGUGGAGCUAAAGUUUUAGUAGACAACGUAUCAUGGCCAAAUGGUUUGGCAUUAGACUGGGCUAAUAGACGUAUUUAUUGGAUUGAUGCUUUAUCACAUUCUAUAGAAAGUGUUAAAAUCAAUGGUGAAGAUCGACGAGUUAUUCUUAAUGGCGUUUUUAAGCAUCCAUUUUCACUUGAAGUUUUUGGUGAUAAAUUGUAUUGGUCAGAUCAUGACACUAAAUCUAUUGAAUUUUGUGAUAAAUUUACUGGCAAAAAUCAUGAUCUUUUGGUUCAAGGCGACGAAAUUUUCGACGUUCACAUUUAUGAUCAAUCAUCAAUGCCUUAUUCUAAACAUGGAUGCGAAGGAAAUCCAUGCUCACACAUUUGUUUGCUGAAAAAUAACGGAUCAUAUAGCUGUGCUUGUCCAAUGGAAAUGGAAUUACAAUCUGAUAAUCAUAAUUGUCGCUUUAAUUCACAAUCUUAUAUUAUUCAUGUUGGAAUCGGCUCUAAAUUGUACUCAAAACCGUUCCUAUCAUUUGGACGAAAUAUUGAGAAUCCAUUGAAGCAAGUUGACGGUAAAAUUGAUAAAUUGGAGUUUAAUGCACUAAAUGGUGCCAUUUUUUAUGCUGAUAAUGAUAACCACAAAUUGUUCGUCCUUGACACAAUUGGAAAUAGUCAUCUGCUUUUGAAUGAUCCUAAUCUUCACAUUACAUCGAUGUCAUUUGAUUAUCUCGGAAAUAACUUGUAUUGGGCUGACGCCUUGAAAGGAACAAUUGAAGUUCUUUCGAUACACACGAAAAAGCAUUCAAUUGUUCAUCAUUAUACAGGAGAUUAUCAUCCAAAUUCAAUUAUCGUAGUCCCAUCUGAAGGAGAAAUUUUUGUAGCUUUAGUGUCACAAAUAGAUUCUCAAAUUAAUCGAGUUUCAAUGAAAGGAUCUUCGAUGGAUGACUCAAAAUUCCAAUUGAUUAGAAGUGGUUUAGGAAAAGGUGGAAAUUUCUAUUUAGCAGUCGAUGAAAAGGAAAAGAAGCUGUAUUGGUCAGAUACAAAAAAGAAAAGAAUUGAAUUUGCAUUCCUGAAUGGAACUGAACGGAAAAUCUUUAUUCAGAGUGAAAGAACGCCUGGACCACUUACAAUUGUUGAUAAUUACCUUCAUUGGACAUCAGAAGGCUCUAAAGCAAUGCAGUGGAGAAGGAAGAAUGGAACUGGACCAAUUAAACUCAUUAAAAUCGAUGGAAUGACAAAAAGUUCAGAUUUUCCAAAAACUCUCCCAAUCACAACAGGAAAUCCAAUUAAAAUUAAUAAUCAUCAAUGUGCUAUAAACAAUGGAGGAUGUUCAGACAUUUGUAUAUCCGAUGGUCAAACAGGAAAAGCUUGUUUAUGUGCUUUAGGACGAGUUUUUAAGAAUAAAGCACAAACUGAUUGCAUUGAAAGAUCUCGUUGUGAUUUCCGUUGUAAAUCUGGUGAAUGUAUCGAGUCGAAAAUGGUCUGUGAUGGACGUGUUGACUGUAUUGAUCGCUCUGAUGAAGAUGAUAGGAAAUGUAAGAAAUCUACAUGUAGACCUAGUCAAUUUCAAUGUGACGACAGUUCUUGUAUUGCAAAAUCUUUGCGAUGUGAUAAAAAUAGAAAUUGCAAGGACGGAUCUGAUGAAUGGAAUUGUCCAAAAGAAGGAACUAUUGAAGGAUGUGGCGAUCGUAAAAUUCAAUGCUUAAAUUCAACUGAAUGUAUUUAUAGAACACAAGUUUGUGACAUGAAUCCAGACUGUCCAAAUGGAACUGAUGAAUUAGAAGAAAGCUGCAAUCAAAAGUGCUUAGAUAGUGAAUUUAAAUGUAGUUCUGGUCAAUGUGUGCCUAAAGAAUUCUUGUGUGAUCACAAAUACGAUUGCUUUGACGGAAGUGAUGAGGAUGAGCAAUGCUCUCAUAUGUGUGAAGCACCGUUUAAAGCUUGUAGAGAUGGUCACUGUAUCCACGAACGAUUCUUUUGUGAUGGCGUUAAUGAUUGUGAGGAUGAAUUUGACGAGUUUAAUUGCGGAAAUAAAACAGCUUUAUCAAAAUGUGAUGAAAAUAAAUUUCAAUGUCCAUCUGAUCCAAAACUGUGUCUUGAUGUGAACAAGAUCUGUGAUAAAACUUCAGACUGUCCGAAAGGAGAAGAUGAAAGAAAUUGUCUAAGAUGUCAAUCUUAUGAAUUUACAUGCUCUAAUGGACACUGUAUUGAUGGAAACUUAAAAUGUGAUGGCAAAAGUGAUUGUAAUGAUCAUUCAGAUGAAGAAGAUUGUAAUUAUAUAGAUCAAGCGCCGACGACAUGCACAGCAACAAAUUAUAAGUGUUCUAAUGGAUUAUGUUUGGAUUACAGCAAAGUCUGUGACGGCAUUAAAGAUUGUGAUAAUGAUGAAGGUGGACAAUGCUCAGAAUCUUGUUCUAGAGGAAAAUGUGAUCAAAAGUGCAAUAAAUCACCAAAAGGUUUAGUCUGCUCGUGCAAUAAAGGAUAUCAAAUGAAAAGUGGCAGUGACUAUAUUUGUACAGAUAUUAAUGAAUGCGACUCAACUACAUUAAAUCCAUGCUCACAAAUCUGCACAAAUUAUCCUGGAUCUUAUAAAUGUUCUUGCCAUCCUGAAUUCGUACUGUCAGGUGAUGGACAUGAUUGUAAAGCACUUGGAGAUCCUUUUAAAUUGAUUUAUGCAUUACAUAAUCAAAUUAGGUCAAAGGAUUCAAAGAAUCAAGAUUUACUUUAUGAAGCUGAAUUAGCCAUUUCGGAUAUGGUGGUGGAUGUAAGAAAGAAUAUUCUGAUGUAUUCAUUAAUUGGAGAAAACGGACUUUAUGUCCUAAAUAUGGCAAAUAAAUCAGUUGAACUGAUUGAAAGUUUUCCAUCAUCAAAUUUAUUGACUUACGACUGGAUAGCCGAAAAUGUUUACAUUAUCGAACGUAAUGCUUUUGGAAAAUUAGAAAUAUUUGCAUGCAGCAUGGCCACAAAGAAAUGUGUAAUAAUUAAUAGAUUUAAAUUAAAUCGAUCUCAUAUCACUUCUAUUGAUAUUGAUCCAACUAGAGGCUAUUUGUUUUUUGUAAGGAAAAUGAGCUUAUUUACGUCAAAAACAAAGACUGAAAUUGUCAGAAUGCGACUUGAUGGAAGUGAAGAAAAAGUCUUGCUAGAAGAUCCAAAUCUGAAUAUCAUAAGAGCUUUAUCCAUUGAUAUUAGAUCCAAGACAAUUUACUUUACAGAACAAAAUUCUCAGUCACUAAAUAAGAUGGACUAUGACGGUGAAGCUAGAGCAACAUUUGUUCAUCAAUCUCAAAAGCUCAUGGUUCCAUCAGCCUUAUCAAACUAUGAAAAUCAUGCAUAUGUCUUGGAUGAAGCACAUGGAAAGAUCUCAAGUUGGAAAUUGUACCAAAAUAAUACAAUAAUGAAUGAAUUUAACGUGGCAGCAUCAAGAAAAUUCUUAAUUGCUCAUAUUUCAAAGCAAAUUGAUGGCGAAAAUAAAUGCUGGAAAAAUAAAUGUCCAGAGAUUUGUGUGAAUGCUGAUUCUGAUAAGAAAUGCUUGUGUGGUAAUGAAAUUGGAGAUGCUAAAAUGUGUGCUGAAUUGACGGAAUCGGAACCGGAAGUCUUCAUUACCAGAUCAAGCCAAAGCUCAUCAGUCGUUUGGAUCAUAUUGAUCAUGAUUGCACUUUUAAUUGUUUUAAGUGGUGCAGCUUAUUGGGUCUAUAAAAAAAGAGGAUUCAAUUAUAAUAUGAAUAUAGGUUUUAAUAGAAAUCGUGGUGCAUCAAUUCAUGAUUUUGCAAAUAGUAUGCAGCAAGUGCCUAGUACACAUGAAAAGGAUGAUCAUCAAUUUAUUGAAAAGGAAAAAGUUCCUUUUACAAAGACGGAAAAUCCAAAUUAUACAGAAAUUGUCAAUAAAGGUUUCGGUCAUUCUGUAUAUCCAGUUGAAGAAGAGCUUCAAGAUUUGAUGAAUAUCUACGAUAGUGAUAGUGCUGGAAAAGGUGAUAUAGAUUCAAAUGAUGAUGACAAUGAUCAUCAGAGAUUAAUUAGAUAAUUAAGUUAAAUUUAAGUGAAUGCCAAAGAAAGCGAAUUAAUUAUAUUGUACACGUAAGCUUAAUCGUUUCUAUGAAAUAAAAUAAUUACUGUUUUGUUAUAA